UUUCCUUCUCUCUCUCUCUCUCUCUCUCUCUCUCUCUCUCUCUCUCAUGACGAGUAGUAGUGGAAGCCUCAAACUAGAGAUCCAUACCGAAGACAAGACGCUAGGAAAGUGGAGCGUACCGCUCAGCGAGGAAGUUUUCUGGAGGUUCUUAAGCGGUGCAGGAGGCUCGGAGAAGGCUGUGUUCAGCGAGGGAUCUAUUUUCAGCCCGUUCUUGUUCGGGAAGUACUUUGAUCCGUCAGAUGCGUUUCCAUUGUGGGAAUUCGAGGCAGAUGUUUUGCUAGCAAGCCUCAGGAGCGUAGGACAGUGUAGAGUCGAUUGGUCGCAAGCCGACCAAACUUAUGCCCUUAUAUCUGACCUCCCCGUGGUGGGGAAAAAUAACGUGCAGGUGUACGUGGAUGUUAAAGGAAAAAUGAUGGAGAUUAGUGGCCAAUGGAACAUUAAUAAGAAAACGGCGGCCAGCGGCGACUGGAGAAGCGGCCGGUGGUGGGAAUACGGCUACGUCCGCCGUCUAGAGCUUCCCGGCGAUGCCGACCCCCAAAACUCCGAAGCUUUCCUUUCCAACAAAGACGACUACUCUUUGUUAGAGAUCAUAAUCCCCAAGAUUAAUUCUAAGAACAAAUUCUAAUCUGAUGUGUCAUUAUUGGCCCUGGAUGUGUACGAAGUUUCAGGUUUUUUCUUAAUUAUAGAAUGAUAUGUAAUACUUUUCUGUUGUAGACAAUGAAUGAUAUUAUACAUGCGUAUAUUAUAUAUUUGAUCGGUAAA